AUGGCAUGCGCGUCUUCACCUCAGAUGCACGAGGGCUACCAGGAGGAGUGCGAGGCUGCCAUCAAUCAGCAAGUCAACCUGGAGCUCCAUGUCUCUUACACCUACCUCGCAAUGGCUCAUCACUUUGCCCGCAAAGAUGUGCCCUUGAAGAACUUCGCUGACUACUUCAUGCAGCAGUCCCACAAGCAGCGCCAGCACGUGGAGACGCUGAUGCAGCUGCAGAACCAGCGCGGAGCACAACAUCAGCCUGAGCCUGCAGGACCUGCCCUGGAUGGCCGCAAGCAGGGCGACAUGCAGCUAGGUGACUUCCUGAACAGCCGGUUUCUGAUCCCGCAGACCGCUGCUAUCCAGCAGCUGGACGCCCACCUGGCCAACCUGCGCAAGUUGAGUGAGCAGACAAACCACCUGGCCGAGGACGUCCUCAACGACCGCAACCCCAAGGACAGCAACAAGGAGAGCUGCCCCACGGACACAAGGUGA